CCGCGGGCCGUGGUGGAGUGGCACGAGGACUCUGUGGGAGCUGGGAGUGCUAACGGGAGUCGGGCCGGAGCCGCCGCGGAGCGGCCGUGGAGGCGAGAGCCCCUGUGGACCAACUGUGCCUACGUGGGGGACGUCACGGACAUCCCUGGCGCCGCCGUGGCCAUCAGCAACUGUGACGGUCUGGCUGGAAUGAUAAGAACCGAUGAGGAUGAGUACUUCAUUGAGCCCUUGGAAAGGGGAAAGCAGAUGGAAGAGGAGAAGGGAAGAAUCCACAGCCACAUGGUGUACCGGCGGUCGGCGGUAGCACAGCCUCCCACCGACGUGCUCCCUGAUGUCCACACAGGAGAGCCCCUCCUGUCCGGCCUGGGAGCGCUGAGUUCCCUGCAGGGCCGCGUGGAGCAGCAGCUGAACGAGACCCUGCGGCGCCGCCGGCACGCGGGAGACAACGACCACAACAUCGAGGUGCUGCUGGGGGUGGAUGACUCUGUCGUCCGAUUCCAUGGCAAAGAACACGUCCAGAACUACCUCCUCACCCUCAUGAACAUCGUGAAUGAGAUUUACCACGACGAGUCCCUGGGCGUUCACAUCAACGUCGUGCUGGUCCGCAUGAUCAUGCUGGGCUACGCGAAGUCCAUCAGCCUGAUCGAAAGGGGGAACCCCUCGCGGAGCCUGGAGAACGUGUGCCGCUGGGCCUAUCAGCAGCAGAAGUCGGACCCCAGCCACUCCGAGCACCACGACCAUGCCAUCUUCUUAACCAGGCAAGAUUUUGGGCCCGCUGGUAUGCAAGGAUAUGCUCCUGUGACUGGCAUGUGCCACCCGGUCCGGAGCUGCACCCUCAACCACGAGGACGGGUUCUCCUCAGCCUUUGUUGUUGCUCAUGAAACUGGGCACGUGCUGGGCAUGGAGCACGACGGGCAAGGGAACCGAUGUGGGGACGAGACGGCGAUGGGCAGUGUCAUGGCCCCGUUGGUGCAGGCUGCCUUCCACCGCUACCACUGGUCCCGCUGCAGCGGCCAGGAGCUCAGGAGAUACAUCCACUCUUACGACUGUCUUCUUGAUGACCCUUUUGAGCACGACUGGCCCAAGCUCCCUGAGCUGCCAGGCAUCAACUAUUCCAUGGAUGAGCAGUGCCGCUUUGACUUCGGCGUGGGCUAUAGGAUGUGCACGGCGUUCCGAACCUUUGACCCCUGCAAGCAGCUGUGGUGCAGCCACCCCGACAACCCCUACUUCUGCAAGACCAAGAAGGGACCUCCCCUCGACGGCACAGAGUGUGCCCCGGGAAAGUGGUGCUACAAGGGUCACUGCAUGUGGAAGAACACCAACCAGCUGAAGCAGGAUGGCCACUGGGGACCCUGGACCAAGUUUGGCUCCUGCUCCCGGACCUGUGGAACUGGAGUUCGCUUCCGCACGCGCCAGUGCAACAACCCCAUGCCCAUCAACGGGGGCGACGACUGCGCCGGGGUCAAUUUUGAGUUCCAGCUGUGCAGCACCGAGGAGUGUCCCAAGCACUUUGAGGACUUCAGGGCGCAGCAGUGCCAGCAGCGCAAUUCCCAGCUGGAGUUCCGCGGCCACCACUGGCUGCCCUACGAGCACCCUGACCCUCCCAAGAGAUGUCACCUGUACUGCCAGUCCAGGGAAACUGGGGACGUGGCUCAUAUGAAGCAGCCGGUGCACGACGGGACACGCUGCUCCUAUAAGGAUCCCUACAGCAUCUGCGUCCGUGGGGAAUGUGUGAAAGUAGGCUGUGACAAGGAAAUAGGCUCCACCAAGGCCGAGGAUCAGUGUGGAGUCUGUGGUGGGGACGACUCCCACUGCCGGACGGUGAAGGGAACCUUCACCCGCACUCCCAAAAAACUCGGCUACCUUAAGAUGUUUGAUAUCCCUGCGGGGGCUCGACAUGUCUUUAUCCAAGAAGACGAGGCCUCCCCUCACUUUCUUGCAAUCAAGAACCAGGCUACAGGGCACUACAUCCUGAAUGGGAAGGGGGAGGUGGCCAGAUCCAGAUCCUUCAUCGACCUGGGCGUGCAGUGGGAGUACAGCAUCGAGGACGACAUCGAGACGCUGCACACGGCUGGGCCCCUGCACGACGCGGUGGUGGUGCUGAUCAUUCCUCGGGAGAACGACACCAGGUCCAGCCUGACUUACAGAUACAUCAUCCAUGAGGAUUCAGUGCCAACCAUCCACAGCAACAAUGUGCUGAGGGAGGACUCUGACACCUUCGAGUGGGCAUUGAAGAGCUGGUCCCAGUGCUCCAAACCCUGUGGAGGAGGGUACCAGUACACCAAGUACGGGUGCCGCAGGAAGAGCGACAACAAGAUGGUUCAUCGCAGCUUCUGCGAAGGCAGCAAAAAGCCAAAGCCCAUCCGCAGGAUGUGCAACCUGCAGGAGUGCACGGAGCCCCUGUGA